AUGAAGAACUUCUCAGCCUUAGUGGCUCUUCUGUUUGCUUCUGCGCAAGCCGUAGCCGGAGACUCGACCAAGACUUUGCGGACUUGUUUGACAAAGCAAGGAACGGCAUCCAUUGCAAAAGUGCCUUCGACAACUUAUGGUCUGACAAUCACCAAGACGGCCGUACAAGUAAUCACAUCAACUCCAUCCACGACAUUCACACCCGCUCCAACAACAACAACCCUGACGAGUACCUCAACAACUUCAACCACCACCACGCUAUCGCAAGUCACGGACACAUACACUGAUACGACUACCCUCACUAAUACGGAAACGGAUACUACAACGGCUGCCACUACCACCAUCACCGAGACUUCGAGUACCACAACAACAUCAACAGGCACCAGCACUGUUCCAGCACCUUCCGGGUUCACUGCCUUAGGAGACUACAUAUCCGGUGCUGCAAAGAAGCGAUCUCCCAAUGGCCGUUUCGACGCACGUGCAGCGACACCCGCAACAAAGACCUACUGCAAAAUCGCAAACGGCAAAGUGACAAUGUCUCCAGCCUCAUAUCCCAAAGCCGUGACAUGCGCCCAACUGGUCCAGAUCAUAAAAACAUCCACAAAGACACAAACGGCAUUCAAAACCACCACCAUUACGGCACCUACGCCCAUCAUCACUUCAUCCACCACGACAACCACGACAGUAACAUCUACUAUUUCCCUGAUAGAUGCGUCCACGACUACUACCGAAACUGACACUUCAACCACCACUACGACCAUCACCGUCACGCCCAGCACUACGACGACAACAACAACCACAAUCACAGUCCUCCAACCUACAGCAACUGUCUUGGCCCAGUGCGCAGCCAACAACCUGAUCAGCUCGGUCAACGGCGCCGGCAUCGACACCGCGUCUUCCAGUAAUUCCGCCUUCGCUUUUACGGACGCCGCUUCCGCCACCGAUUGCUGCAACAUUUGUGCCAAUACGGCAGGCUGCGAGGGCUUCGUUUACGGUGGUCCUUGCUAUAUUCUCUACGCAGACAAUGGCCAAUGUUCUCCUGGACAGAGCGUGGCGACUUUCUACACUAACCCCGGUGAUGGAUUUGUCAUUGGCAAUGGACAGUGCGGAGAAUACAGCUAUGGAGGAUCCGGUUAA